CUCGUCGUCAAAAAUCACAUGCACACCAGCAUCGGACAACAAAUCGCCCCUUUUGACCCAUGAACAAAAACCACGAAUACUGGUAGCCAGGAGUCCUGUAGAAGGCCUCAGACUUAUACAUAAUAUGAUAUGUAGUCAAGUACUCGUCUCCGGAAAAUCUUCACCGCGAGAGGAAACUUGGGAACAAUUCAAAUCCACGCAACGCCUCUCGCCACCUACCGAGAGUCAGAAUCGCCUUUGACCACGGUACUCACACUCACUUCCACGGUCAACCACUCGUGGUUCCAAGAGACUGAGAUGGCACAAAGUCGGCGCGGAUGUCGGCCCGAACUUCUCGGGGGAGGCGUUCGAGAGCCGCGAAGCCAAAUCUUUACGUCGUCACAUGCGUGGCUCGACGCGCCUUGGAUUGAGACUCUUUCGCUAGAGCUGACCCAGAUCCUUGUAACUAACCGUUUCCCCAUUCCAUGUAUCUUGGAGACUUCUCUGCACAUGUUGUGGUUGAGGGGAAAGAGUUGGAAGAAUAUGAAGACACCAUGAGCAACGGUGGAAAACGAGCGACGUGUUGGAUCGCCUCAGAGGCUGGCAAGAAGUUUUCUGUAAAAUGGGAAUGUCAUUCCCUGAAACGUCUUUCCAACAGAGGGAAAUUAAUCUUGGAUGGCAUAAUGUGUGGUUCCCUCGUUCUUUCGAAGAAUCACCUGCACAGAGGGGAUUUCGGGGGGAUACAUUUGGGCACGAAGGAGAGAGAUCUACUGUUCUGUGAUCUUCAAUUGACUGAUGAUGAAGCCCUCUUAGGGAAGUCCGUUUCAAAUCAGCUAGGGGAAAUUACACUGCGUAUAGAUCGUGGAAGGGUUGAUCAAGAAAAUGAAGGAAAAGAGCGGGAAGGUCGCUUCCACAAAGUGGUGAUAUUUACGCCUAACCGGAGUCCUCCCCUUGAAUUCGUCUUUAAAUACAGUCCAAUUGGCAAAUGGCAUUGCACCACGGCCAACUCCCGUCAUCUCUACGGACUCCCUUUCUGGGACACAAACGGAAACUCAAAGUGUGAUCUUAGAAAGGAUAGCACUCCUCGAGAACGAGCUGAAACGCUUGCGUAGUCAAGUCCUUGAUGGAACGGAAGACCAGAAGCCUAAACGCAUCAAGAGGGAGCAUACAGAGACCCACCCCGU